UUCCCGGAGAAUCCUGAAGCUGGAGCAUACUGGAAAAGGGGCGCAUUCCAAACUGAUGAACAGCCUUUUCUUUCAGUGAGACCCGAAGUAAAACGACGCAGCAAUGACAUUCUACUGGUAAGAGCACCAGCCGUGCGCAGCUACAUCGAGCACAAAAUAACUAUUGUGGGGAUAGAUGAUUGAUAACGCAACUGCUAUAGCGCAGGCCGGGAGACGGAAACAUAUGUACUUGUCUUAUUGUACAGCUGGUUCAGUGACACUGGGUGCUGCAUGGAUUGUUAUUGCAAUCAGUCCUUCUACAUCAGCCACUUCUACCAGCAAUUACAAAUGACUUUGAUUCCGGACGGCUUGCCGAGGAGGAAUAUUGCUGCAGAGCUAUAGGGGAAUGCCAUGUGUCGUGGCGCGACAUAAGAACCGCUUUGUGGUGUGUUUUCCACCGGGGACAGGUGGUGUUGGGAGGUAGCGGGUGUAUAUGAAAACACAACCAGGAGACAGUUGUCUCAAGGAUGUCACGCUGCCGUACAGGAUAUUUUUUUUUGCCAGAGACAGAUGCGACAGAGAGGAGUAGGCUAGUAGUUUACAAAUUAGGUUAGGAUUAGGUUUGACGAAAACAUCGGAUCACUCUCUCCUCCUUCUUACAUACUGGAUAUUAAUCCAGGGGAAAUCAGACUGUAGAGAGAGGCAAGAACUGUGUAACCGCCGCGUUCCGGGCGCACCCUUUACGCGACAAUAAGCGGGAGGAGGAUGGUGCAACAUUAGGCUGUCAACAAAGGUGUCUUACCCAGAAAAACAAACAAGGUUGUUUCACUACUUACUUCGUGCUGAGUCUGUGUUCUACUGCUGCCAUGGCGACCCUGGCCCCACCCUUCUUCCUGCUGUUUUGGCUCCUCCGAUUGGCCAGCGCCGCAUUUCCAGAGGAACCGGGGCCUCUGAACUUUAUACCCACUGAAGUGGUACGGCGGUACCCAGUGUUUCUGGGUCGGCCACAUCGUUCAUCCCUGAGACAGGAGACACUGCAUAUUCAGAGAGUUCUCAAGGUGAACCGGACCCUCUACAUUGGAGCCAGAGAUGACCUUUUCCGUGUGGAGCUGGACAAUGUGGCGGGAGAGGAGAUGUUCUACAGUAAGAAGAGAACAUGGGAGUCCAACAAAAACGACAUCAGGACCUGCAGGAUGAAGGGCAAGCAUGAGGACGAGUGUCGGAACUUCAUGAAGGUUUUGCUGAGUCGACAAGGAGGUCUGUUUGUCUGUGGGACCAACGCCUUCAAUCCGCUGUGUGCCAACUAUACUGGAGACACACUGGAGAUGGUGGGAGAGACGGUCAGUGGCAUGGCCCGCUGCCCCUAUGACCCUAAACACGCCAACGUGGCUCUGUUCGCCGAGGGGAAUCUGUUUACGGCCACUGUGACGGACUUCCUGGCAAUAGAUGCAGUGAUCUACCGUAGCCUGGGGGACAGUCCUGCACUCCGCACUGUCAAACACGACUCCAAAUGGUUCAGAGAGCCCUAUUUUGUCAGUUCAGUUGAAUGGGGUCCUCACAUCUACUUCUUCUUCAGAGAGAUGGCCGUGGAGUUUAACUAUCUGGAGAAGGUACAGGUGUCUCGGGUGUCUCGGGUGUGUAAGGCGGACCUGGGGGGCUCUCAGAGGGUGUUGGAGAAGCAGUGGACGUCGUUCCUGAAGGCCAGACUGAACUGCUCCAUCCCUGGAGACUCCCACUUCUACUUCAACCUGCUCCACUCCACCAGCCCUGUCAUCAGGAUGCACGGCAGGGACAUCAUCCUGGGAGUCUUCUCCACCCCCGCUAACAGUAUCCCUGGUUCAGCAGUGUGUGCCUUCGACAUGGAGCAGCUGGCUGGGGUGUUUGAUGGGAGAUUCAAGGAGCAGAAGUCACCUGAGUCUAUAUGGACCCCUGUUCCUGAUGAGCUCAUUCCCAAACCAAGGCCAGGAGGCUGUGCCAUCCAGGGCUCCAGGUUCAACUCAUCCAAUGGUUUCCCUGAUGAGAUGUUGAACUUUGUGAAGACCCACCCCUUGAUGGAUGAGGCUGUACCCUCACUGGGACAGAGUCCCUGGAUUGUCAGGACCAUGGUCAGGUACCAGCUGAAUAAGAUGGUGAUGGACACAGAGGCUGGCCCCUACCGGAACCGAACGGUGCUCUUCCUGGGCUCCAGCCGUGGGACCAUCCUCAAGUUCCUGAUCGUCCCCAACUGGGACAACACUGUGUCCGGCCGCAAUGUCUUCCUGGAGGAGCUGGAGGGCUUCAACCCUGACAAGUGUGGGGAGGACACUCCGCAGGCGAGGCAUCUGUUGUCCCUGACUCUGGACCGGGUGAGCCGCUCUCUGCUGCUGGCCUUCCCCUCUUGUGUGGUCAGGGUCCCUGUGGCACGAUGCCAGCUCUACUCACGCUGCAUGAAGAACUGCAUCGCCUCCAGGGACCCCUACUGUGGCUGGACCAGGGGAAGCACCUGCUCUUUCCUCAGGCCCGGGACUAGACUGCCGUUUGAGCAAGACGUAGAACGCGGCAACGUGUCCCACUUGGGCGACUGUGACGGUCUUCUUCAGGAGUCUUUCAUUGACGAACCAGACGGUCUGGUAUCCGUCAACCUGCUGGUCGUGUCUGCAGUCUCAGCCUUCGCCACAGGGGCGGUGCUGUCUGGCCUGGCUGUCUGCUGGAUCAUGAGUCAUCGCCACCGCCACCGCACGCGAGGGGCAGGAGCCAACAAUAGGAGCCGUAAAGGGGACAAAGAGCAGAACAUGCUAGGUCAGGGGCGGAGUGGCUCGGUGAUGAGUGUGACCCGUACCAGUGGCAGCGAGAGGACCCGGUCACAUUCCCAGGCAGACAACCCGUUCGUAACGCCCAAUGGCUGGCCUAAAGGAGAGAUAGACCCAGGCCUACCUACUCCAGAACAGACUCCCCUGCAGCAGAAACGGCCUCCACCCAGUAUGAGGCUUCCAGACGGAGACUGGGACCAGAGCCAGACCUUCCUCAACUCAGUGGGCAUGCCCUGCCCAGCCAACUCAGUCAUCUACCUGAGCUCCAAGUUCCUGCAGGAGAGAGGGGGCAGGCACGAGGACCCAGGGAACGUGGGGCCCCCCAACACGGAGCGAACACGUUACCUGGUCCUGGCCAACCACAGGGAGCCCCACGGAGGACAACCCAGGACCACCCUGAGGAACUCUGCGGGCGAGUACAACUAUCCAGCCACACCGCAGGACUCCCCAGACCGCAGGAGGGUGGUCUCAGCCCCCAGCAACCAGAUGGACUUUGGGGACGCCCCCCGCUGGACCCAUGAGGGGCUCAACUAUAACAGCAACAACGGAGUGCCCUACCACUCCCAGCGCCCGGGGCUGAUCCGGGCCAACCACCAUGGCCUGGCCGACUUCAAUCACCUGAUGGGAAAGAGUGUGGGCGAGCAUACCCAUAGUGGCCAGUGAGAAGAAGAGUGCCAUGAACCCCCCUCUCUGAAACCCAUUUCCCCUCAGCAACUGGAAUACCCCUCAGACUCUCCCAUCCCAAAUCCUGCCCUGUCUGUUCUCUCUCACUGUCAUUCAAUGUUCUGACAUCCCCUGGCGCGUAGCCUGGCUGCCUGACUGACUGACGGAAGAGACUGGGCCACCAGAAUCCAGCAGCUUAGAGAGAGAAAGAAAGAGAGAGAGUUAAAGAGAGGAGGUUAUUCUCCUCAUGGCUACUGCUCUGCUCUCGCCCUGAGAGGUGCACCCCUCUGCUCCGUAAGUGGUUUAACCUGUGGAGCUGGGGCUGGACACAAUGAGACCAAUCUCAAGGACUAGUAAGCGGUGCAAGGGAAGGAACAUUUUGUGAAAAAGGAAUUUAAAAAACGGACAACCACUUCACUGAUAAUUUAGCAUUCAGCUUCAGUUGUGAAAGGUCUCCUUCUACUAUCUUGUGCUCUGCAAGUCAUUCAUGUUGUGUGACAUUUUUAUUUCUGCUUUACUUUUGUGCCAGCAUCCAGGAGACAACCAUGUGUUUGUCCUUGGUUUUCAGGCCAACUCUAUCACUCAGCUCUAUCCGUCAGCUUGAGUUUGGUAGGUAUUAGCAAUGCCAGAGAACACUGAAUCACACAUUAAAGGAGAGGCUUCCUGUCUUAAUGUGAGCAUACAACACACUGGAGCUUCUUAUAGGAAUCAGCUUGAUAAUGAUGUCAAUGAUUAUUCCCAUUGUGUUAACCAUCAUGGAAAAAACACACAUUUCUAGUGUUUCUGAAGCUCUAUUAAGUGUUUAUAAAUCAGACCGUGUAAUGAUUAUAUCCCCACCCAAAUCUUCAGCUCAGAACUAUCAACGACAGCACUGGACUUGAACAUGUCAAAAACCAGGAGGGAGGAGAUAUGAAGAUGGUACCUUCUCAUUUGAUAAAAAGUGGAGGGAACAAGGAAAGAGGGCAGAGAAUGGUAUGAGAACUCCCUCCCCCUCCCUCUCUCCUUCUCUGUCUCCCUCCCCCUGGGUCUGUGUGACCUGACCUGAAGCCUAGGCUGCCCGACCUGGUGGAGAGGAGAACACACAGCCCAUGUAGGGGAAUGUGAGCAUGGCUGUGGGAGAUAGCGGGUCCUGGACCCUGCCACUGGGGAGUUCCAUCCAGGCUCCUCUCCCUGACACUGAGUCUCUUUGUGUCCUGGAGCAGGAGGAGAUGGCUACAACAAAUAGCGGUUAAGAGUCAGGGCAGGCAGGACAAACCCAGCUUCUUAGCCCAGCGGAAUAUCAAUGAGGAAAGCAGCACUCCCCUGCCCGUCCCUCCGGCCCCCUCACAGACACGGGCACCGUUUGGGACUGGGGCUGGGACCAGGCAGGGUGGUGGGCGCACGGAUGGGUUGAUAGGGCUGGGACCAGGCAGGGUGGUGGGCCGACGGAUGGGUUGAUAGGACUGGGGCUGGGACCAGGCAGGGUGGUGGGCCCACGGAUGGGUUGAUAGGACUGGGGCUGGGACCAGGCAGGGUGGUGGGCCCACGGAUGGGUUGAUAGGACUGGGGCUGGGACCAGGCAGGGUGGUGGGCCCACGGAUGGGUUGAUAGGACUGGGGCUGGGACCAGGCAGGGUGGUGGGCCCACGGAUGGGUUGAUAGGACUGGGGCUGGGACCAGGCAGGGUGGUGGGCCCACGGAUGGGUUGAUAGGACUGGGGCUGGGACCAGGCAGGGUGGUGGGCCCACGGAUGGGUUGAUAGGACUGGGGCUGGGACCAGGCAGGGUGGUGGGCCCACGGAUGGGUUGAUAGGACUGGGGCUGGGACCAGGCAGGGUGGUGGGCCCACGGAUGGGUCGAUAGGGCUGGGCCUGUCAGACUGGCAUCAUUCAGACUGCAGAUCACUAUAUCCCUGCCUUUCAGCGUCUCCCAUUAGAUCUCUGGCCCAGCCGCCAUUAUCAAUCCCCAAACAUUUACAAAUCCGUGUAAACUGCAUCCCUGCGCUGGGCGCCGGGUGGCAACAUGCAUGGGAGCGCAUAGACUGGCUUCAUUAGUGGGUCUGUGGGCUGGGAGGAGCAGAGGAGUAGAACUGGAGAGAGAUGUACUGAGGCUGGAGGGGCAUAGGAGGAGCAGGGGCUGGGCUUUGUAUGACUGGCAGAGAGUGGAGCAGCACCAGUGCACAGCAGCACCAGUGCACACAUGUAGAUAUGUACAGGGCUUAAAUACCGAGUUAUGCUGACCUGCAGGGGGAGCAGAUGGCGAGGGAACCUGGCCUGUAUAGAGCCAGCUGUGUGGUGGGCUGAGGAGAGGAGCCAGGCUGGGCGGUGGGUUUGUUUGUCUUAAUGUGAAGGGCUAACCCACUGAGGUAGAAUACUAAAUGAGAUUAAUGUAGUGUAAGCACAUGAUCUAGCUGGGUAGAAAUGCCAACACAUGGCUGGGUUCAGGGAAACAGCUCAACAACUGAAAACGAGUGUGUGUGUGUGUGUGUGUGUGUGUGUGUGUGUGUGUGUGUGUGUGUGUGUGUGUGUGUGUGUGUGUGUGUGUGUGUGUGUGUGUGUGUGUGUGUGUGUGUGUGUGUGUGUGUUUGAGUGCGUGUGUCUGUGCGUGUGUGCUUGAGUGCGUGGGUGUUUGUUUCUGUACUUGUAUUACAGUAGUAACGAGUGUUGCCAUGAAUGAGUAAUGUAGUGGGCUGGGGAGAGGGGGGGUUAUAGCAUUAGCACAGUGAAGACAUUCUUUACAUAUUCCAUACUAUAGUAGACAACCCCUCCUCCUCCUCCCAUCUCCAUUGUAGCCCUGAGAGGACUGUUGGUUGAGAAUAUGGGGCCUUGACAAAGUUUUGACCCCCUGUUGCCCCCUCUCCUCUCUGUCACCCCGCUAGUUGCGUCCCCUAAGUGCAGUGUGUGAUUGAGUCCUGCUCUGCCUGCCCAGCCAGCCGUGCUCCAGCUCCCUCUCUUACACUGUUUCACUAAACAUGCUUGAUUAGGCAAAGUACAUCCCAUCCCCUAAUGGUGUGAUGAGCCCCUGAGAAGAUUACUACAGACACAUCGAGAGGGAGACGAGCACCCACUCUCAUCUCCAGAAAUCACCCCUGCAUACACACACACACACACACACACUCACUCGCACACGUGCACACACACACACACACACACACACAGCACCCUAACCAAAUUCAGGAUGUAAUUUAAUUACGAUCCGCUGUCAUCACCAGGCCAGGGAGGAGGGAGGCUUGUGGCUCAGACCCAGAGAUGUGCUCUUUGGAAGAGCCACAUGAUAAUAUGAUUCUCUUAGUCCCCCAUGACUAUAUAUUAAAGAAUCUAGGGUUCCCCUUUCUAUAGCGCUUCAGGCUUGCACACAGACGGACACACACACACACACACACACACACACACACACACACACACACACACACACACACACACACACACACACAUACGUGUUUCACACACACAAUCAGUCUCUUCUUCUCUACCCCAUGAUGUAUAAUCAUGCUGUGUCCUUCUGCUGUUUAGCUGCUACAAUCAAACAGAGGCAGUUUUUAAAUGUGUCAACACCAGAAUGAGAAAUCUAUGUAAUUUACUGUGAAGUGCUCCAAAAUCUUUGCUCUUUGAAAAUCAGAUUUGAAAUGUUUUAACCAUUUUUUCAUACAUUAGCAAUCCUCUGAUGCAGUAAAUUGUUUUCUUUGGCAGCCAUUUCUUUCUGCUGGGAGAUUUUUGUUUGGUUCUGUUUGAUAUGUAGCUCACACAGUGCCGCCCCCUCCCUCCCCCUCUCCCACAUGACCCGAUCUGUGUGUAUAAAUAUCAUGGACUGUGUGUGUGUGCCUGAGGCCAUGCCAUUGUCUGUUGUUGGCUCGUUUUCCUCGGUAACCCAGUGAUUAGCUAAUGGCCCCCGGCCAGGAACUGCCAUGUCGGGAUGGGACACCCUAGAAAGAGCCAAACCAAAUAAGGAGACAUGUAACCCAGUCUGCUGAGGAAUUAACACAGGCAGCAGACAUUUUACUCAUCCAGCGAAACACAUCGAAGGAUAAGCACAAAAACGUUUGCAUUUUUGUAAAGUUGUAGAGAACAUUCUAUUUAGCCCGCACUGAUCAUUCUUGUCAUGUUUUCAUUAUUUUUAAUUUUUUUUGUCUCUAUGGUAAUAUUUGUUUGGGUUUUUGGGGUUUUGUUGUAUUGGAUUUUGAUUUGCUCUCUGGUGUGUGAGUUUGAUGAUGAUGAUGAUGAUGAAGAAGAUGAUGAUGAUAUUGAUUAGGAGGAAGAUGAUGGUGAUGAUGAUUAGGAGGAAGAUGAUGAUGAAGAUGUGUAUGACGAAGAGGAUGAGGAUAAUGAGGAUUCUGUACUGUGAACAGCAUCUCAGUAUUUGCUCCCACUCUGAUGCCUGAGUCGUGUCUGAGAGGUGGAGAAGAGGAGAGGAGAGGAGAGGAGAGGAGAGGAGAGGAGAGGAGAGGAGAGGAGAGGAGGGAGAGGAGAGGAGAGGAGAGAGGAGAGGAGAGAGAGGAGCUGGCAAUACAGACUGGCGAUCACGAUGAAGUGAACUUUCCCACAAAGAGAACUUUCCCACUCGAGUCUCCUGCUACUGUGACAGUCCUGUGGCUCUCACCAGAGGCUGUCUGUCCCUGUCUGUGACCAGGGACACUGUCAUUAAAAAACACCACGUGUCCCUGUGUGUACAUAAUCUCAAUGCUUAAAUGUAAUUUAAGUGCAGUAGCUGCAUGACACAGCCUCUGUGUGUACAUAUGUAGAGACAUGUGAAUUUGUACAGUACAUGCAAGUGUGUGUGCUUGUGUCCGCAAAUGUCCAUCAGACAAACACAUGCAUGCACCCUCAAGCAACUGCACAAGACACACACACACCCUUCAGCAGUUGAACACCAUUUCCACAUCAUCCUCAGCGCUGCCUGUCACUUAGCAUGGAGACUUUGCUCUCUGUCAACUUUCUUAUUCUAAUAAACCACUCAGACAUUGA